UCGGAUUUCAUCAUCAGACCACUGCCAAUUUCAGUAUAUAUACCUCGAACUGAAUGAGUCAAUAUCAUACUAACUAGUGCAGUUUAAUUAUGGCAUUCAAAUUCGUGACUUUCGCCGCCCUUGUGGCUGUUGCCCGUGCUGGUGUCCCCUUGGGAUAUGCCGCUGCUCCAGCUGUUUCCUACUCCAGCAUCUCAGCUCCAGUUGGCCACUACGCCGCACCAGCUGUAGCCCAAGUUGCAUCAUACGCAGCUCCAGCUGUUUCCUACUCCAGCAUCUCAUCACCAGUGGCUCACUAUGCUGCUCCAGCUGUUGCUAAAGUAGCCACCUACUCUGCUCCAGUCGCCCACACUUACUCUUAUGCUCCAUCUGUCCAGACCUAUUCAUCUCCAAUUGCCCAUACUUAUGCCGCCGCCCCAGUAGCUUAUGCUGCCGCCCCAGCUAUCACCAAAUACGCUGCUCCUCUUGCCUACGCCACCCCAGUUGCCAAAACUAUUGUUGCCGAACCAGAAGCACCAGCUAACUACGAUUUUGGAUACUCCGUCAACGACCCCCACACCGGAGACAGCAAAUCCCAACAAGAAUCUCGCCACGGUGAUGUUGUCCAAGGAAGCUACUCCCUCAUCGAAUCCGAUGGAACCAAACGUACCGUAGAAUACACCGCUGAUGCCCACAAUGGUUUCAACGCUGUUGUACACAAAGAACCAGCUACCGUAGCUGUCAAAGCCGCCGUACCAGUUGUUGCCAAAUAUGCUGCACCAGCUAUCUCCUAUGCUGCCCCAGUUGCCAAAGUAGCUUAUGCUGCUGCACCAGCCAUCUCCUACGCUGCUGCCCCAGCACUUUACCAUCAUUAAAUGAUGGACAUCGACCAUUUUUAUUGUAAAUAGAUUGUUUUAUUUAUUUUGGCAAAUAUGCCAGAGAUUCUUGAGUAAAGUUCUUAUAUUUAUUUAA